AUAUAGAAAUGUAACAAAACCUGUCAUAGAUGUAAGAGAAGCAAUAAAGAGCCCUGAUAGAAAUAUUAUGGUUUAUGAGCAGGGUGGUACUAGUGUGGAUACAGAUCUGUUUAAAGUUAUAAAAGGAACGCAGACAAUUUUUGCGCAGCAGCACUUUUGUAUGGAGACACUGGUUAGUGUCGUGAAACCAACGGAGGAAGGUCUGGAGGUGCACUGUACUACGCAGCACAUGGAUCUUGUGCAGAUGAUGAUAUCAAGAGCUCUUAAAAUACCGGAAAAUAAGAUAGACGUAAUUGUCCGCCGCCUGGGAGGAGCGUACGGCCUGAAGAUCUCCCGCGGCUCGCAGGUCGCGGUGGCGAGCGCGCUGGUGGCGCACAAGCUGAACCGGCCCUGCCGCAUCAUACUGCCGUUCACCACGCUCGCCAGGGCCGUAGGCAAGCGGCUGCCUUGCCACACUGAAUAUGAGGUCGCAGUGGAUCCGUAUGGAAAAAUUCAACUUUGCAAAGAAUACAUGCACAUGGACAAUGGAUAUGUCAUCGACGAGCCACUAUUCGCCCCCGUGUUGGACGUGUACAACAACUGCUACGACAAGCUACGCUGGAUGUUCAGGGUUUUUAGUGUCACCACUGAUACAGCCAGUAACACUUGGUGCCGGUCACCAGGGACACUUGAAGCUAUUGCUGCUUGUGAAUUCAUCUUAGAACGUUUAUCUUACGAGAUGUCAAUAGAUCCGCUAGCAGUAAGACUAGCGAAUCUAGAUCCUACUUCUAUUGAGCUCGUGGAGAUGGUGGAGAAAAUGAAACGUGAUGCUGACUACGCAGACAGACGACGCGCUGUCGACAAGUUUAAUUCAGAGAACAGGUGGAAGAAAAAGGGUUUGAGAUGGUCUCUCCUCCGCUGGCAGCCUGUCGGCAGCCAGUACUUUGACGUGAACAUGUCAGUUUAUAACGAUGAUGGCUCUGUCUCCAUAACCCAUGGCGGAAUUGAGAUGGGACAAGGUCUUAACACCAAAGCCGUUCAAAUCGCUGCAUAUUUUCUUGGUGUUCCCAUGGAGAAGAUUCAAAUCAAAGCGAAUCAAACACAUAUGACUCCAAAUGGUCUUUUAUCUGGGGGAAGUUUGACUUCAAUAAAUGUUGGGAUAGGAGUACAGAGAUGCUGUGAGCAGAUUUUAGCGCGAUUAGCUCCUCUUAAAGUUGGUCUACUGAACCCUUCUUGGGAGUUCUUGGUAAAAUUGGCAUAUAAUGCUAGUAUAGAUCUUCAAGCUCAUGCUUUCGUAUCAAUGAUAGACACACAGAAAUAUGCAGUACAUGGGGUGACGUUAGCUGAAGUAGAAGUCGACAUUCUGACUGGAGAGUGGGAGCUGCUGAGGGUUGACCUUCUGGAGGACGCGGGAAUGAGCAUUAGCCCAGGAAUAGAUGUCGGACAAGUGGAAGGCGCUUUCAUCAUGGGCCUGGGGUACUGGACAACGGAGCACAUGGUGUACGACUCCGACACGGGCGAGGUGCUCACGGAUCGCCCCUGGAACUACCACGUGCCGCAGGCCAGGGACAUCCCGCAGGACUUCCGAGUGUAUUUCAAGGACAAGUCUUAUUCGGAAAUUAGGACACUCGGUGCUAAGUCGAUCGGCGAGCCCCCAAUCUGCAUGUCGGUGGCGGUGCCACUAGCUUUACGGGAAGCUAUCGCCGCUUCCAGGAGUGACGCUGGGAAACCACUUAACGAGUGGUUUCAGAUAGAUGGGCCAUACACAAGAGAGGCUAUUCACAUGCACACUGAGACGAAUAGUAGCGAGUUCAAAUUUAAAAAAUAAAGUUCCUUUUAACUCUUU